AUGGACUCCAGAGAAACAUCGCUGUAUGAGGAAGAUGAGACUAUUUUACCCUCCGGCUCUACAGAAGUCAAAAAUGACGGCCGCAUUGAGAUCGACCUCACCUCAAGACUCACACAGAGACUACUAAAGGUAGCGUCCAAGCGGCCUGAGGAUGCGUUUGCUUUGAGCCGGCGUUACACAGUAGAUUGUUUGUGGAGCACUCCUCUUAAUGUCGUGAUCCAGAUUGUUGGUAGUCGGGGUGAUGUGCAACCUUUCAUCGCUCUUGGUACGAAACUGCAGAAGGCUGGUCAUCGUAUCCGGAUAGCAACGCACGAUACCUUUGAAAGCUUUGUUGUCGAUUCUGGACUUGAGUUCUACCCCAUCGGUGGUGACCCUAAGGAACUAAUGGCGUACAUGGUCCGAAAUCCUGGACUGAUACCUUCAAUGAAGAGUUUACAGGAAGGAGAUAUUCAGCGCAAAAGGAAGAUGAUUGCAGUCAUGCUUGACGGUUGCUGGAAGGCCUGUAUAGAGCCCGAUCUCCACUCCAAACACCCAUUUGUUGCAGAUGCUAUUAUUGCGAACCCACCUAGCUUUGCUCACAUUCAUUGCGCGCAAGCUCUAGGUAUUCCAUUACACCUGAUGUUUACGAUGCCCUGGAGUAGCACGAGGUCUUUCCCUCAUCCCCUGGCGACCUUUCGAAACGAGGAUAUCUCACCUGAGAUUGUCAACUAUGUUUCGUACACGAUUGUCGAAAUGCUCACUUGGCAAGGACUAGGCGACGUGAUCAACAAGUUCAGGCGCACAUUAGAUCUGGAAGCGGUCCCUGUCUCAGUAGGACCUGUGCUAGCACCAACGCUCAAGAUACCCUUUACAUAUUGCUGGUCGCCAGCUCUGGUUCCAAAGCCGAAAGACUGGCCCGCACACAUUGAUGUCUGCGGCUUCUUCUUCCGCGACGCGCCGCUCUUUGAUCCGCCUGCUGAAGUGGUUAAUUUUCUUCAAGCUGGCCCGUCACCAGUGUAUAUUGGCUUUGGAAGUAUUGUCGUUGACGACCCUUUUGCGUUAACUUCAGACAUCUUAACAGCUGUGCGCUUAGUGGGUAUCCGAGCAAUCGUUUCAAGGGGCUGGAGCAAUCUCGGAAGCAAUCAACUAAACAACAACAACAAGGACGUCUUGUUUAUUAACGAUUGUCCACACGAAUGGCUCUUCCAGCAUGUUGCAGCUGUUGUUCAUCACGGAGGUGCAGGAAGUGUAGCAUGCGGGCUGCGCAAUGCGUGCCCUACAGUUGUUGUCCCAUUUUUUGGAGACCAGCCGUUCUGGGGUGACAUGGUUGCAGCUGCGGGUGCAGGCCCACGUCCGAUACCACAUGAGCAGCUGGAUGCCGACAAUCUUGCUGCGGCCAUAGCCUUCUGUCUGACUGAUAAAGCUAAGGCAGCUGCACAGUCGCUCUCUGUCGAGAUGUCCAAUGAGUGUGGAGUCGAAGCCGCCGUACAAUCCUUCUAUGCAAAUCUUCCUCGCGAGAGCAUGCAAUGCGAGAUACUUCCCAACGCCGUCGCAUCAUUCAUCCAUAAGAAGAGCUCUAUACGUCUUUCAAAAGUGGUUGCCCAGAUUCUUCAAGACCAAGGUGCGAUCAAGCACUCGGACCUAGAGAGCUACCAGACUGUUCCUUUGCAGAUCCGCAAUGUUCGCUGGGAUCCGGUCUCAAGCACUGGAUCCGCCUGUUUCGGUAUCCUGGCGGACAUGGCUGUGGCUGCCAAGGAUAUCGUCGUUGAUCCUUAUUCUGAGCUUAAGAAUCACAUGUCCAAGUCAUCGGAUUCACCAAAUGACAGCGGUAUGGAUGUCGCUGGAAAGAUGGCUGGCGGUGUCGCAAAGAAUGCUGGGAGGCUUGUGCUUGCGUUCUAUAAGGGCGUCAUCGUUGAUCUGCCCCUUGCUACCACUGAAGGUUUUCGCAGCAUUCCAAAAUUGUAUGGGGAAGACGUCAAGGACUAUGGUCAAGUGACUGGCAUCGCAAGCGGGUUUCAGGUCGGUGCUAGGACCUUAGUUCACGGUCUCGCAGACGGAUUUUCCGAUCCAUACAGACAAACCUUAGAUUCUGGGAAGAAAGAGGGUGCGAUAGGAUACGCUAAAGGUUUUGGCAAGGGCAUGGCGGGCUUCUUGUCGAAAACAUCAGCAGCUGCAGUGGGCACAGUUGCAUAUCCUGGCGAUGGCAUUUGCAAGAGUAUAAGGACUUUAGCAAAGGGGAAGACAAGGAGAUUGAUUUGGUCGGAAAAGAUAAAAGAAGCAGAGUGGCUGGUGGGUCGGCUGGAGGACGAGGAGUGCAUCCUGGAAACCGUCAAAGCAUUCAAGAUUUUGAGCAAGAAGAAGGUAGAGAAACGCGUUGACGACGGCAUGGGAGAAGAAACGUGA